CAUGAAACUUGUUUAUGUUUGUUGCCAAUAGAUGUCACUGUAUUUUGAGGGACGAAAAGCUGUACCGCGGUGUCCAGAUUUUUUUCCCUGGCUUUAUAUACUUGGAGUAUUUUGACAUCUGUGAACCUUUGACAACUAGUGUGAACCAUUGACAACCUGUGUCAAGCAAUAAAUUGUCACCUAAAUAUUGACGUCUUAUUUAAACCUAGAUAAGAGUCCCUUAAGUGCGCCGAGAGUAUCCGUGGUUUAUUCAUGGUCCUGUCGAGUCGGAUAUCAUCAGGAAGCUGAUGUCCAUUGGGCACUGGUAACGGUGCAGGUGCCGGGAUCACACUUUGUGCAUUUUUGGAGGGGGGUGACGUCCUGGACAGUGGAUCGCUGUCGCAAACAGGACAGGUGAAGAAGCUGGGUCAGCUAGGAGCUGCUGACACCAGUUUGACAGUACCAGCUGUGGUGCUGUCAGGGCAACCAACUGGUUGAGGAAGAUCAGGAGAUGAUGAUGGUGGUGCUGCGCUGAGGUGGUGCCAUCUGGUGGAGACACGAUCGGAGCCCUAAGGAGUUCGUCUUGGAGCCCUAAGCAGUUCAUGUCGGAGCCCGAAAGGAGUUCGGGUUCGGAGCCCGAAGGAGUUCGUGUUUGAUGAAGAGUUCGCCGUCUAUUGUGAUAGUGUGUGAGUGAAACGGAUACAACUGUGAGUACUCUUUUGGCAUUUUAUUAUUGAGAAGAAGAUUGAAGGAUUUUGGACUUUAUUUACACUGGUAGUUUAACUUAGAAAAUUUUAAUUGUUUACAUUGACUUAGAAAAAUUUUAGAUUAAUAUUUUAGGACUUAGAAUAGUUUUGAAAAAGCGGUUGCUACGGGGAACCUAUGCCCGAUUUCUGUCAGAGUUGUCAAACACUUAGAAUUUUUUACUAUUUUUGGAGUUUUGUUUACAUUUCAAUUUAACUGUCAUUUAUGAUGGAACGUUUAGAGAACUGUCAGUUUGACCUUGCGUCAAGAAUAGAAAAAUCAAAAGUCAAUUUCAUAAAAAGUUCUAAAGAUCGUUUGACAAAGGAGUAUUUAGAGGGAAAGUUGGAACUUCUUGAAGGUUUGUGGAAUGAAUUUCUGUUAGGUCAUAGGGAAUUGUUGCGCACUACGGAACCUAAAGUGUUAUCUGAGUCUAGGUAUAUGCAAAGCGAUACUUAUGACAAAGCAGAAGAUUGUUACAUCGAUUAUAAAUGUAGAUUGAAAGGAGCUUUAGCUAAAUUCUUUAUAAUCCCAAGUUCGUCCAACAAUGAUUCCAACCAGCCCACGAUACAGGCGCCUAAUGUCAAACUACCAAAAGUAAAUAUUCCGAUCUUCUCAGGAAAGUACUCGGAAUGGAACACCUUCCGAGACUUAUUCCAGUCUUUGAUACAUACGAACAAGACACUAGGAAAUGCUCAAAAAUUAUUGUAUUUAAAGGGGUACUUACAGGGUGAAGCCGAGCAACUUUUAUGUAACAUUCCGAUUACCGAUAGUAAUUACGAGCAUUGUUGGGGCUUAUUAGACGAGAGGUACAACAACAAACGGUACAUCUGUCAUCACAUUUUGAAGAGACUACUAAGCCAGAAAAAUGUAACUUGUGAGUCGGCUAGUGGUUUGAAAGGUUUGAUGGACACCACAAACGAUUGUUUGUCAGCUCUGUCUAAUAUUGGCAUUGAUACUAGUACCUGGGACGUGCUGGUAAUCCACAUAUUAACGCUGAAGUUGGACCCUGAAUCAAAAAGGCAAUGGGAGUUUAGCAUCGCGGAUAAUAACUCUACCGAGCUACCAACUUACGACCAGUUCGAGCAGUUUCUUAAAAACCGUUACCGCGCCCUUGAAUUUUUGAGUUCAGGAUCCAAACCGAUUCCUAAUAAAACCUUACCUGUUUUCAAAAUGAAAACCAUGCACGUUGCCACGUUAGUCUGUCCCUUUUGUAAGAAGGAGCACAAAUUGAGCACGUGUAAAGCGUUUAGGGAUACGUCAGUGGAAUUACGUCGCGAAUUUAUUGCAACUCAUAAUGUUUGCUUUUGUUGUCUCGGAAACAAUCACUCUGCCAAAUUCUGCCACAGCAAAUACAAGUGUCGCAUAUGCAAGAGGAAGCACCACGCUCUGCUGCAUCCUACGAACAAGAUUGCUGCUCAGGAACCCCAAAACGGGGAGGUUACUACGGCUGAUACCAAGAAAGUUGGUGCUGUUAUUUCCUGCACGUCUACAAGAAGCACUGUGGAUUGUAGCCAGGUAUUGCUAGCGACGGCACUUGUAGAUACGGUUUCUAAAUACGGCCAAACUUAUACUAUUCGUUCUCUGCUGGAUCAAGGGUCCCAAUCUUCUUUUAUUACCGAGGCAAUGGUACGGUUAUUGGGUUUGAAGAAGAUACCAGCUAGAGGGCAGAUAGUAGGAGUAGGUGGCACGAACGGGCUCACGACAAAGUCGAUGGUAGAAAUAAAAAUAGCAUCACGGGUCGAUCCGAACUUUAUUGUAACAGUAAAAGCUUACGUACUAAGAUCCAUCACUUCGCUUUUGUCUAAGCAAAAGAUAAUAAGAGCGGAGGAAUGGAAGGAGCUUGAGGACGUUGUCCUCGCGGAUCCGAGCUACUAUACUUCUAACAGUGUGGAUUUGUUAUUAGGGUCAGAAGUAUAUAGCCGGGUACUUCAAAACGGAGUCAUCAAGGGACCGCUUGGUUCACCACUUGCUCAGUGUUCGUCACUGGGGUGGAUUCUGUCUGGUGUCGUUAACACGCCGACGAAGCCCUCUGAAACAAUAAAAGUGAUGCACUGUAGUGUGAAGAAUAAUCAGCUUCAAAGAAAAUGUCGUAAGCUAGAAGAUGACAUUCCGUUGCCAAAGGAACGAACAUGUACAGAAGAUCAAAAGACAGGUGAAGGAUACUUUACCAAAACUACUCGUAGAGAUGACACUGGUCGAUACAUUGUGCGUCGUCUUCCGGUGAAGAAUGAAGAUCCCGAUGAGAAGAAUUCCCGGCAAACACCUGAAAAAAGAAUGUAUUCAUUAGAACGAAGACUGAAGAACGGCGAUCUGAAACAGAAAUACAUAGAGGUUUCUAAUGAAUAUGUUAGCAGUAAUUUGGAACAUGGUGAAGUUUCUCCAACGGCGGCUGAAAAGAUAUUGUCAGAUUUUAAUGUGGACGAUCUCAUGAUGGGUUGCGGAACUAUCGAUCAGAGGAUUCAACUUUACAGAGGGGUGAACAUAACGUUAGGUAAAGAAGGGUUUGAAUUGCAAAAGUUGACUACUAAUAAUGAAGAUUUGGUCAAGGCAAUGAAAGAUGGUAAAGUAAGUCAACGGAAAGGAAACGAAGAAAGGCUGAAAAGGAAAAAUGAUGAAAUAAUAAAAAGUGACGGCAUCACCUGGAAUUGCAGUGAAGAUAUUGUGAUCCGUUACAAGGUCGACGUGCAGACCUACGAAGAACCUGUAACAAAAAAAAAAAGUUAA